CCUUUGAAGAUAACAUUUUAAAAUUCUUCUAUACUCAUCAACGUUCUUAUAAAACCCCAUUUGAUGAAAUCAUUUUCCUCAUCCUACUUCAAACACACAAAAAAAAACGAAGUAACAAAAGGCAAAAGAGAAGCCACACGCUCUGCAAUGGCGAUAACACGCGUAUCCGUGGCCAUUUGCCUCAUUCUCUCUUUGGCCACCAUAGCCACCGCUGAUUACCACACUCCCUCAUCUCCUCCGGUUCACCAAUCACCGGUACACAAACCCAUGUCUCCGGUCUACACCUCACCAACCCACAAGCCUACACUCCCACCUCCGGUUUACACUCCACCGACUUACAAACCAACUCACUCACCUCCGGUUUAUACUCCACCGGUUCACAAGCCCACACUCCCACCACCGGUUUACAAGCAUACUCUAUCUCCUCCAGUCUACACCAAACCAACCCUUCCACCUGUUUACACGCCAACUCUCCCUCCUCCGGUUCACAAAAAGUCUCCGAGCUAUUCACCUCCUUCAUAUGUCCCAAAACCAACCUACACUCCACCCACCAAACCAUACGUCCCAGAGAUUCUUAAAGCCGUUGAUGGCAUCAUCCUCUGCAAAAACGGUUACCAGACUUACCCAAUUCAAGGAGCAAAGGCAAAGAUUGUGUGCUCCGAGCCAGGAUCAUACGGGAAGGGCAAGAAGGAUGUUGUGAUCUACAGCGAUCCAACUGACUCUAAAGGAUACUUCCAUGUGGCGUUGACCAACAUUAAGGACCUACUUCACUGUCGUGUCAAGCUCUACACAUCUCCUGUCGAGGCUUGCAACAACCCGACCAAUGUCAACAAGGGUCUUACCGGAGUUCCAUUGUCGAUGUACGGAUACCGUCACCACUCCGACAAGAACUUGAAGAUCUUUAGCGUCGGACCUUUCUAUUUCACCGGUCACAAAGCUGCUCCCACCACUCCCAAAUACUAAUCAUGAUAUGCAUUGUAACUGAGCUCACUUAAUAUUUAAUCUUAUUUAUUUGAAUGUUAUUUUGUUUAUUUGUACUGAUUCCAUUUGAUUGGUUGUGUUACCAAUGCAAUCUAUCUUUUUGGUUAUUUUUUCUUUCUUUGUAAUUUUAUAUAGUAAAAUUGUAUGAAGAACAUCUCUGUUUGAUUAAGUGCGACUGCUUAUAUAUAA